AUGCUUUAUUUCUUCACUUUUUACGCCGUCCUUCAUUUAAUUAAUCUGCGUCUUUCUUUUGACGACAUCGGCUUUUUAUUACAGACUUGCUUUAUUUCUACUUAUAUUACAUCUUCCUUCCUUCCUUCCUCCCUCCCUCCCUCCCUCCCUUUCGUUCUUUCUUUUGGAAUGCUUUCUUUAUUUAGUUUUCAUUCCUUUAUUUCUCUAUGUAUGUUUUUUUUUAUUCUUUGUUUCUUUCUUUCUUUUCUAACGCUUCGUUUGUUUGGGUUUUAUUCUUUCAUCCCUCCUUAUAUGCUUUCUUUCGUUCUUUCUUUCUUUCUUUCUUUCUUUCUUUCUUCGUUCUUUCUUUCUUUCUUUCUUUUUUUUCUUUCUUUUGUAACGCUUCUUUUAUUUCGGUUUACUUCCUGCAUUCCCCGUACAAUCAUUCCUUCUUUCCUUCCUUCCUUCCUUCCUUCCUUCCUUCCUUCCUUCCUUCCUUCCUUCCUUCCUUCCUUCCAUGCUUCUUUCUUUCUUUCUUUCUUUCUUUCUCUCUUUCUUUCUUUUCGGACGCUUUCUUCAUUCAUUUUCAUUCCUUCAUCCCUCCGUACAUUAUUUCCUUCUUUCUUUCAUUCAAUAUCUUUUAUUCAAUAUCUUAUUAAUCAUCAGAUGUAUUAUUCUUGCAUUUCUUCUUCUUUCUCCAUAGGAAACAUUCUUCUUUUUACAUCAUAUUUUGUCUGCUUUCCUUUAUUUUUAAAUCAUUAUUAUGAACAUUCGUUUUUUCAUCUUUCUUUCCCUCUCUUUUUCUUUCUUUAUCUUCACAUCAGAAACAUACAUGUAUUUUUCUUUCUUUUUUUCCUCAGUUCUUUCUUUCUUUGGAAACAGUAUUCUUCUUCCCUUCUGAAAACUUCAUCAUCAUAUUUUCAUUUUCUUUUCUUCUUCUUUAUCACGAGCGUUCUUUCUUCGUCUACACAAUCGUUUGUUUCAUCUUCUUUUUCACUAGAAACAUUCUUCUUCUCUUUCUCCUUAUUCUUCAUAAAAAAAAAUAUUGCUUACUUAUCCUAUCGACUUCAUGAAGAAGUGUUUCCUUUUCUCUAUUCUUACUUCUUCAUCAGACUAAUAUUUCAUUGCUGUCUGCUUCUUCUUCAAAAUCAUUUUAUUUUCCUCUUUCCUUAUUUCUUCACUAGAAACAUUAUACUUUCUGUUCAAAAUUUUUAUCUGUUUCUGUCCCCAUUCUCCAUCCAUCCAUCCAUCUAUCUAUCUAUCUAUCUAUCUAUCUAUCUAUCUAUCUAUCUAUCUAUCUAUCUAUCUAUCUCAGUCUGA